AUGUCGCUGCUGAAAGUUUCGGGCACCAAGAUCGUUGAUGAAGGUGGAAAAGAAGUAAUUCUUCGCGGCGCAGGUUUGGGUGGAUGGAUGAACAUGGAGAAUUUCAUUUCUGGAUAUCCUGGCUGCGAGUAUCAGAUUCGUGAGGCCCUUGCAGAAACUAUUGGACAGGAGAAAUCGGAAUUCUUCUUCGACAAGUUUUUAGAAUAUUUCUUCUUGGAAGACGAUGCCAAAUUCUUCAGAGGGUUGGGCCUCAAUUGCAUUCGGCUUCCCUUCAAUUAUCGCCAUUUCGAAGAUGAUCUCAACCCUCGCGUCCUGAAGACAUCUGGUUUCAAGCAUCUAGACCGCGUCAUUGAUAUCUGCGCUCAGCACGGUAUAUAUACGAUCCUCGACAUGCACACCGCGCCUGGAGGCCAGAACACCGACUGGCAUUGUGAUUCUGGUACCCAUCAGGCAGCGUUUUGGAUCCACAAAGACUUCCAGGACCGUUCGAUCUGGCUUUGGGAGGAACUUGCGAAGCAUUACGCUGGAAAUAAAUGGAUCGCUGGCUACAACCCACUUAAUGAGCCCACGGAUCCUACCCAGACCCGCGUCGUGGCGUUUUAUGACCGCGUAUACCAAGCUAUCCGUGCUAUCGACCCAGAACAUGUUAUCUUUUUUGACGGUAAUACGUUUGCGUCCGACUUCUCGCACUUCGGAGAUAUCCAUAAGAAGUGGAGUAAUACUGCGUAUUCCAUUCACGAUUAUUCGUUGUUUGGAUUCCCUGCAGCGCCAGAGCAAUACAUCGGCAGUUCGGAGCAGAAACGGCGACUGAAGCGCAGUUACGAGAAGAAGAGGGAAUGGAUGGACCAACGAGGUCUGUGCGUUUGGAAUGGAGAGUGGGGGCCGGUUUAUGCUCGCAAGCAGUAUGAGGGCGAGGCUACUGACCAGAUAAACGAAAUCAGAUACAAGGUCCUUAAGGAUCAAUUAGAGAUAUACAAUCAUGACCGCCUUAGCUGGUCAAUUUGGUUGUACAAAGAUAUCGGGUUCCAGGGGAUGGUGUAUACGUCCCUUGACACCCCGUAUAUGACCUUAUUCUCCAAGUUCCUCGCGAAGAAACAUCGCCUCGCUGUCGACGCUUGGGGGGCAGAUGAUCAACACGUUCGACGAAUUUACCAGCCUCUCAUUGACCACAUCAUCGAAGAGGUCCCCCAGGAAUUCAGGAACCUCUACCCUUAUCCAGUAUGGACACUUAGCGGUCGCGUUGGUCGGCUGGCGAGAAAUCUGCUGGUCAGCGAGUUUUUGGUGAAGGAGUGGGCAGCUCAUUUUGUCGGCAAGAGCGAAGAAGAGCUCGACUCCAUCGCCGCAAGCUUCAAGUUCGACGCCUGCCUUCAUCGCGACGGCCUCAAUCGAAUUCUCACCGACAAUGCGAAAGCCGUCAGCGAGUAG